AUGGGAACCACAGAAGCCACUUUGCGGAUGGAAAAUGUGGAUGUGAAGGAAGAGUGGCAAGAUGAGGACUUCCCCAGACCUCUCCCAGAAGAGACCGGGAUGGAGUCACUGGGCAGCCCUACAGAAGACGAGAAUACAUCCUCUCCCCCAAACACCUUAAACUUUAAUGGGGCGCAUCGUAAGCGGAAGACGCUUGUUGCACCUGAAAUCAACAUUUCCCUGGACCAGAGUGAAGGCUCCAUUCUCUCCGAUGAUUUCCUGGACACACCAGAUGACCUGGACAUUAACGUGGAUGAUAUUGAAACUCCUGAUGAAACAGAUUCCCUCGAAUUCCUGGGGAACGGGAACGAACUGGAAUGGGAAGAUGACACUCCUGUAGCCACAGCCAAGAACAUGCCUGGGGACAGUGCAGACCUGUUUGGGGACGGUGGGACAGAAGAUGGGAGUGCUACUAAUGGACGGCUCUGGAGGACAGUCAUCAUUGGAGAGCAGGAGCACCGCAUCGACCUCCAGAUGAUCAAACCCUACAUGAGAGUGGUGACGCACGGAGGAUACUACGGAGAAGGUCUCAAUGCCAUCAUCGUCUUUGCUGCCUGCUAUCUCCCAGACAGUAACCUGGCUGAUUACCACUACAUCAUGGAGAAUCUCUUUCUAUACGUGAUCAGUAGUCUGGAGCUGCUGGUGGCUGAGGACUAUAUGAUCGUGUACCUAAAUGGAGCAACACCCCGGAGGAGGAUGCCAGGCCUUGGCUGGCUGAAGAAAUGCUAUCAGAUGAUAGACAGAAGGCUGCGGAAAAACCUCAAAGCAUUGAUAAUCGUGCAUCCUUCGUGGUUCAUCCGGACGGUGCUGGCUAUAUCCAGACCCUUCAUCAGUGUGAAGUUUAUCAAUAAGAUCCAGUACGUUCACAGCCUGGAGGAACUGGAGCAACUUAUCCCAAUGGAGCAUGUGCAGAUUCCAGACUGCGUCUUACAAUACGAAGAAGAGAGGAUCAAGGCCAGAAAAGAAAGAGCAGAAGAGAAACAAGACAUGGCUGAGAAGGAAAGCAGGCCUGUGCCCCCAGCAGAGGAUCAAGAAACCAG